GGAGAGUGAGCGGCGCCCGGCCGCCCCGCCAGCCCGCUGUUCUUCGGCCGCCGUCCGGGCGCGCGCAGCGAGCGGGCGCGACUAUGCUAAGAUGGUCCUGCAGGCGCGGAACAAGCACCGGGAGGCAGCUCCCAAGGCGCCCCAGCCGCCCCGCGCCUCGCAGUCUCCGCUGAGGGGAGCGCUGGACAUCGGCGCCGGGGAGCCGGGGCCCGAGCGCGCGCCCCCGUCCCCAGGGCGCAAGGGCGCCGCGGGCAGGAAGGGGCCCCGCGCCGAGCCCGCCGCGCCGCUCGCCCGGGGCGGCCUCGGGGGGCGCCUGGCGGCCGGGCUGCGCGGGGCGCUGGGCCUGCGGCGCGCGGGGCGCGGCCGGACCUGGACCACGCUCCUGUUAGCUGCCUUUGCAGCAGUGUUGCACUGGAGCCAUAUAACACACCUUUUUGAAAAUGAUCGUCAUUUUUCUCACCUCUCAACAUUGGAAAGGGAGAUGGCUUUUCGCACUGAAAUGGGACUGUAUUAUUCCUACUUCAAGACUGUUGUGGAGGCACCCUCAUUUUUUAAUGGGGUCUGGAUGAUUAUGAAUGAUAAACUGACUGAAUAUCCCCUUGUUAUUAAUACAUUAAAAAGGUUCAAUCUUUACCCUGAGGUAAUCUUGGCCAGCUGGUACCGGAUUUAUACCAAAAUAAUGGACUUGAUUGGUAUUCAAACCAAGAUAUGUUGGACAGUUACCAGAGGAGAAGGACUCAGCCCUGUUGAAAGCUGUGAGGGAUUGGGAGAUCCUGCUUGCUUUUAUGUUGCUGUAAUUUUUAUUUUAAAUGGACUAAUGAUGGCAUUAUUCUUCAUAUAUGGCACAUAUUUAAGCGGCAGCCGAUUAGGAGGCCUGGUUACGGUGUUGUGCUUCUUUUUCAAUCAUGGAGAGUGUACCCGUGUGAUGUGGACACCACCUCUCCGUGAAAGCUUCUCAUAUCCAUUCCUUGUACUUCAGAUGUUGCUUGUGACUCAUAUUCUCAGGGCUACAAAACUUUAUAGAGGAAGCUUGAUUGCACUCUGCAUUUCCAAUGUAUUUUUCAUGCUUCCAUGGCAGUUUGCUCAAUUUGUACUUCUUACUCAGAUUGCAUCAUUAUUCGCAGUAUAUGUUGUGGGGUACAUUGAUAUAUGUAAAUUACGGAAGAUCAUUUAUAUACACAUGAUUUCUCUUGCACUUUGUUUUGUUUUGAUGUUUGGGAACUCAAUGUUAAUAACUUCUUAUUAUGCUUCCUCUUUGGUAAUUAUUUGGGGUAUUCUGGCAAUGAAACCACAUUUCCUGAAAAUAAACGUAUCUGAACUUAGUUUAUGGGUUAUACAAGGAUGUUUUUGGUUAUUUGGAACUGUCGUACUCAAAUAUUUGACAUCCAAAAUAUUUGGCAUUGCAGAUGAUGCUCAUAUUGGCAACUUAUUAACAUCAAAAUUCUUCAGUUAUAAGGAUUUUGAUACUUUAUUAUAUACUUGUGCAGCGGAGUUUGACUUUAUGGAAAAGGAGACUCCACUGAGAUAUACAAAGACGUUGUUGCUGCCAGUUGUUCUUGUAGUGUUUAUUGCAAUUGUUAGAAAGAUUAUUAGUGAUAUGUGGGGUGUCUUAGCUAAACAACAGACACAUAUAAGAAAACACCAGUUUGAUCAUGGAGAGCUGGUUUAUCAUGCAUUGCAACUGUUAGCGUAUACAGCCCUUGGUAUUUUAAUUAUGAGACUAAAACUCUUCUUGACACCACACAUGUGUGUUAUGGCUUCCUUGAUCUGCUCAAGACAGCUAUUUGGAUGGCUCUUUUGCAAAAUACAUCCUGGUGCUGUUGUUUUUGCUAUAUUAGCAGCAAUGUCAAUACAAGGUUCAGCAAAUCUACAAACCCAGUGGAAUAUUGUAGGGGAGUUCAGCAAUUUGCCACAAGAAGAACUUAUAGAAUGGAUCAAAUACAGUACUAAACCAGAUGCAGUGUUCGCGGGUGCCAUGCCCACGAUGGCAAGUGUCAAGCUCUCUGCACUUCGGCCCGUAGUGAAUCAUCCGCAUUAUGAAGAUGCAGGCUUAAGAGCCAGAACAAAAAUAGUAUACUCAAUGUAUAGCCGAAAAGCAGCUGAAGAAGUGAAGCAAGAAUUGAUAAAGUUAAAAGUGAAUUAUUACAUUCUAGAAGAGUCAUGGUGUAUAAGAAGAUCCAAGCCUGGUUGCAGUAUGCCUGAAAUUUGGGAUGUGGAAGAUCCUGCUAAUGCUGGGAAAACUCCCUUAUGUAACCUCCUGGUGAAGGAUUCCAAGCCUCACUUCACCACUGUAUUCCAGAACAGUGUUUACAAAGUCCUAGAAGUUGUGAAAGAAUGACUGCUACAUGAACUGCUGCCUACAGAGAACUACAUCAGUAAUUGUUUUAAUGUUUUGCUAAUCAGUCAUGUGUUGUUUUUAAUUCAAAUCCCAAAAACUUUUGUAGGAACUGUUUUCAAAUAGCAAAUGUUUUAUUUGGUCAAUUUGAAUGUUAUUCUAAUGGUAAAAAUGACUUAUACUUUUAUCAUUUGGUUACUGUUUCAGUGUACCCCCUUAAAAUUUGCUAUGCAAAUGAGUAUAUGCUUGUACUUGACUUGAAUAUCUGUGCUAAAGUGGGCAAAGCUACCUGUAUGAAAAAAUAUGAUGGGUCGUGACAAGGAUGAUACGAAAAUAUAGGUCAAUUCUGAACUAUGUAGGGGCUGAUUUUAUAGUUUAGAGACUAUUAAUGCCCCUUGGUUCUUUUUUUCUGCCUCUUGCUCUUGUCUUUUGGACAUUUCAGUGAUUAUUGUGAGGUCUUCAGUCACGUCAGCCUCUGUCAUCAACUUGAGUCACAGUAGAUGGGGCAGACAUGGGUAUUUGCUCUGUGGAAUUAUCUGUUUAUUUCACUUCCUUGUGUUCUUUUUGUUCUCUGUUGCUCUUGUUAAUGAAGACUUUCCUGGCCAUUAUUAAUCCAAACUCUUGGACCUAGUGGUUAGGGCCAGAUUCCUUUACUGUCCGACCAUGUGGCAUUAAUGCUGUCUUUCUCUCCUUCCCCCACACUGUUUGUCAGAUAAGUGCUGUUUACUCAUUUAGUUGCUUAUCAAGUACUUAUUCUUGGUUUUAAAAAAAUUUAAUGGUAACUGUAUUUUUCUCAUUUUUAGUAUUAUUCAAAUGUUUAUAUUUUAAUACCUUUAGAGUACUUUAAAAAUUUUUCAUGUUUAAUUGUAGUUUGAAGAAAACUAUUUUGAACAAGCCCAAAUAUAAUGCAUCUAGAAACUAAUGUAUAUUUGAGCAGACAUAAUUUAUAGUAGAACAGUAGACUGUAGUAUAUGGUAAUUUUCCUUUUACUAUUAAGAUACAAUAAACCAUGACUAAUUUUUCUCUCAAAAAAGUAAAUGAAUAGUGAUAAACAGAUGGAGCUUUUAUAUUUUACUUUUAAGAUUGCCUGUCUUUAAUAAGACAAAGCCUUAAGCCUUAUGUUAUAAUUUUGGUUCUAAAACGAUCAUUUCUGAUCGAGGAAUGAGUAUAUUCAGUCUUCCUCUUUACUUUUUCCUGCCUAUUUAUUUUUAUUUUGAAAAAUUUCCAAACCUACUUUGAAUUUCUUAUAUGAAUCUUUGUUUUUUAGAGGUUAAUUUGCGUGAAAUGAGAUUCUUCAAAACGGUGAAUCCUCAUAGUUCUGAGAAAUGGUUUUAAGGUUUUAAAUACUAAGCAAACCGUGGCUAUGGCUAACUACACAUUUAAUUAUACAGUGUUCUCUUUAUUAACCACAGGCAGAUUAACCUCAUUGUGGAUUGUCCUUGAGACCUGAGUCCUCAGGGAUGGUUUCCGGUGCCCACUCCUGGGAGCCACAGAAGAGCUGUUUUCUUUCUGCCUUCUUACCAGAGCCAAAGGACAUGCCUAAGUCUGGGGGAGCACUAGCUUGCUUACAUUAGUCAGCUGCAGAGACGGCACAUGAGGCCUGGACCGGCCCCCCGGGCAUCACCCCCCACCCUGCCCCCAGCCCAGAGCCAGCAUCUCCAGGGAGGCUGCUUCCCUGGAGGCAGCUCAGGAGAUUGAGUCUGUCAGUGUUCUUCAGAUUUGGGGUCACUGCUUCUCAUUUGCUGGUUGACUGUUUUAUUUCUUAGGCUUUUGAAAGUUUUAAAAAAUAGGGAAGCAGCUGGGGAUUUGUGGAUUAGGAGUAACAUUUGAGCAGCGAUGCAGCAAUCCAGAAAAGUGGGAAGAGGGCACUUGAGGCUGAGAAGCGUGAGAGCGGACGUGGGCGGGAAGAGGGAGGUGUGCUCUGCCUUCGCUGCGAUUGCUUCUCACCGAAGUGUGACUGAUUUUGUACACCCAGCAGUUAUAGUCUUUUUAAAUCACACUUUUAAAGUUAUUCUCUAUUUUUCUCACCCUCCAAUAAUUCCCUUUCAAGUAAGUUCUCAUGUAAUGAUUGGAAAGUCUGUACAGGAAAAAACAUUAAAAUACUGUUAAAACUGUUUCAUACGCUGGGAAACAUUUAAAGUAGUCUGAAUUAGCUUUUUCCAGAAGAAUCGUUUUGUAACAGUAUUUGUUAAUGUAACUCCACCAGCAAGCUGUGAUUAUAUUUUAGGUGAGUGAGUUUAGAACAGAGGCCUUGAGGGUACACUGCACGCUCAGCUUUGACCACAGUAGCAGCGGUGCUGUAGAGCAUAAAUGUCUUAUGGCAACGUAGAGUAACAGUAGGUUCUCCACAUACAUGACAAAACAGUAUUAAAGCUCAGUAUUUUACAUAUUUUAAGCAUUCAAAAAUAUUUUUGCUUUAGUGUGAGAAAAGUAAGGAUGGACAAGGAGGUGAUAGAAGAAGCUAUUGCUGUGACAUUUAAAAAAACAAAAAGUUGGGCAGUAUUUCUAUAAAAAGAUAAGCCUCUAAAGACGCUUGACAGAAAAAGUACAGAGUUAAAAUAAGCCAGUGAUAUUAAAGAGAAAAUGAAAGGAUGUAUCAGGAAUAAAGUGAUAUUGCAUAGGAGUAUUGUAUUUUUAUGAAUUUUUUGCCAGUUGUUUACAUGUAUUAUAUAUGUUAAAUAAAAAAGAUCAUGAAAAAUG